UAUAUUCCUCCAGAUCUCUGCGUCUGCAAUUUUGUGCUGGAACAAUCCCUCUCUGUCAGAGCCCUGCAGGAAAUGCUUGCCACGACGGGUGAAAAUGGCAGCCAAGGGAAGUUUCAAAGGAAGGCGGCACAAGGGGGUGGCCACAGGACGCUGCUGUACGGCCACGCGAUUCUCCUGAGGCACUCCUUCAGCGGAAUGUAUCUAACGUGUUUGACUACAUCAAGAUCCCAGACAGAUAAACUUGCCUUUGAUGUAGGUCUACGUGAACAUGCCACAGGAGAAGCCUGUUGGUGGACUAUCCAUCCCGCUUCCAAACAGAGGUCCGAGGGAGAGAAGGUUCGAAUUGGUGAUGACCUCAUCCUCGUCAGCGUGUCCUCUGAAAGAUACCUUCAUCUCUCAAUAUCCAAUGGUAACAUACAAGUGGAUGCCUCCUUUAUGCAGACACUCUGGAAUGUACAUCCUACGUGCUCAGGAAGUAGCAUUGAAGAAGGAUACCUACUUGGUGGGCAUGUAGUACGUCUGUUCCAUGGUCAUGAUGAGUGUUUGACGAUACCAUCCACAGACCAGAAUGAUCCCCAGCACAGGAGGAUAUUCUAUGAAGCUGGGGGAGCUGGGACAAGAGCCAGGUCUCUGUGGAGAGUGGAACCCCUUCGGAUAAGCUGGAGUGGCAGUAACAUCAGAUGGGGCCAGGCUUUCCGACUCCGGCAUCUAACCACAGGUCACUACCUGGCCUUAACAGAGGACCAAGGCCUUAUACUGCAAGACCGGGGAAAAUCAGACACCAAGUCCACAGCCUUCUCUUUCCGGGCAUCAAAGGAGAAGUUGGAUUCCAGUCAUAAGCGAGAUAUAGAAGGCAUGGGAGUUCCAGAAAUCAAGUAUGGAGAUUCCAUCUGCUUUGUCCAGCAUAUAGCCAGUGGUCUGUGGGUGACAUACAAAGCACAAGAUGCCAAAACAUCCCGCCUGGUACCUCUGAAAAGAAAGGUCAUACUCCAUCAGGAAGGCCACAUGGAUGAUGGAUUAACACUGCAGAGAUGCCAGCGUGAGGAGUCCCAGGCUGCUCGGAUCAUCCGGAACACAACAGCCUUAUUCAGCCAGUUUGUCAGAGGGGUGGAUGCAGGGGCAGACAGGAAGAAGAUGGAGACCAUUGCCCUGCCAAUAGAAGAGGUCUUGCAGACCCUACAGGACUUGAUCGCCUACUUCCAGCCCCCAGAGGAGGAGCUGCGCCAUGAAGACAAACAGAACAAGCUCCGCUCGCUCAAGAACAGACAGAAUCUUUUCAAGGAAGAGGGAAUGUUGGCCCUUGUGUUAAAUUGCAUUGAUCGUUUGAAUAUCUACAACAGUGUAGCACACUUUGCAGGGAUUGCAAGGGAAGAGAGUGGUCCAGCCUGGAAAGAAAUUCUGAACCUCCUAUACAAAUUGCUGGCUGCUCUCAUUCGUGGAAACAGAAACAAUUGCGCUCAGUUCUCCAAUAACCUUGACUGGCUAAUCAGUAAAUUGGACAGACUAGAAUCUUCCUCAGGUAUCUUGGAAGUUUUGCACUGCAUCUUGAUUGAAAGCCCAGAAGCCUUAAAUCUAAUAGUAGAGGGCCACAUUAAGUCCAUCAUCUCCCUGUUGGAUAAACACGGACGGAAUCACAAGGUUCUGGAUAUCCUGUGCUCCCUGUGUCUGUGCAAUGGGGUUGCAGUGAGAGCCAACCAGAACCUGAUCUGUGACAACCUGCUGCCCCAGAGAAACCUGCUCCUGCAGACACGACUGAUUAACGAUGUGACUAGUGUCCGGCCAAACAUCUUCCUGGGAGUCGCUGAGGGCUCAGCGCAGUAUAAGAAGUGGUACUUCGAGCUCAUUAUCGACCAGGUGGACCCCUUCCUAACAGCGGAGCCCACACACCUGCGGGUGGGCUGGGCCUCCUCCUCAGGCUAUGCCCCGUACCCAGGAGGUGGAGAAGGAUGGGGAGGUAAUGGUGUUGGCGAUGACCUGUACUCCUACGGCUUUGACGGACUCCACCUUUGGUCAGGCCGGAUACCCAGAGCUGUGGCCUCCAUCCACCAGCACCUCCUGAAAUCAGAUGACGUGGUGAGCUGCUGCCUCGACCUCGGGGUACCCAGCAUCUCUUUCCGCAUCAAUGGGCAGCCUGUGCAAGGGAUGUUUGAGAACUUCAACACAGAUGGGCUCUUCUUCCCUGUGCUGAGCUUUUCAGCAGGUGUCAAGUAA